AUGGAUGUGCAGUUGGUGAAAGGGCUGCUGGAAACCAUCCAAAAUGCAAUGGUUUCAAAUAAGCGGUACGACAACCUAGCGGUGCUAAUUUUCGACCCGGACAAAAGCAACGACGGAGCAGCCGCCUGGUGCAAUAAGUUGGGAGAAGAGUUAAAAUGGAGCAGCUUUGAGAAGGAUGCAAAAGCCGGUAAGGCUCUUCGGAGCUCUGCAUUAUCCUAG